AGGAGACGUCUGAUCUCUCAGCGGUCUUCACUAGAAACCCUUGAAGACAUUGAAGAAAAUGCUCCCUUGCGGAGAUGUCGGACUCUGUCCGGUUCACCCAGACCAAAGAACUUCAAGAAGGUCCAUUUUAUUAAGAGCAUGAGGCAGCACGACACAAGGAGUGGCAGAAUAGUCCUCAUAAGUGGAAGAAGAUCUUUCUGUAGCAUAUUUUCAGUGUUGCCGUAUCGAGACUGUGCUCAUGUUGGGGACACAAAACUGGAAGGAACAAGGCAGCGCCAUUCUUCCGGUGGCAUGAAUACACGUGAAAUGAUACUUGGACUUGAAGGAGUUGAACUUGGUGCUGAUGGGAAGACUGUAUCAUAUACACAGUUUUUAUACCCCACCAAUGCCUUGGGAGGACGCAGAAAUACAAUAGACUCUACUUGCUCCUUAUCUCAGUUUCGUAAUGCAAGUCACCGCAACCUGACCCUGGGAAGAGCCAACAGUGUACAGGGGAGCAUCGAUACAGGAAGUGACAUAGGAGACUUUACCGAGUACGAUCCAAAUCUCCUGGAUGAUCCUCAGUGGCCAUGUGGCAAGCACAAGCGGGUUCUAAUAUUCCCUUCUUACAUGACCACUAUAAUAGAAUAUGUGAAACCAUCUGACCUCAAGAGAGAUAUGAAUGAGACUUUCAAAGAAAAAUUUCCUCAUAUCAAGCUUACUCUUAGCAAAAUAAGAAGCCUGAAGCGGGAUAUUCGCAAGCUGGCACAGGAGGAAUGUGGCUAUGAAGAGCCUACUGUGGCCAUGGCAUUUGUAUAUUUUGAGAAGCUUGCAUUGAAGGGGAAGUUGAACAAACAAAACAGAAAGCUUUGUGCUGGAGCCUGCAUCCUGUUAGCUGCCAAAAUUGGGAGUGAUCUCCGAAAACAUGAAGUCAAACACCUCAUUGAUAAACUGGAAGAGAAGUUUCGUUUGAACAGACGUGAGUUGAUGGCAUUUGAAUUUCCUGUCCUGGUUGCCUUGGAGUUUGCUCUUCACUUACCAGAGCAUGAAGUUAUGCCCCAUUACAGACGUUUAAUCCAAAGCUCCUAG